AUGAAUCCUCUUAUUCUUCUGCCAGCCAUUUUAGCUCUAGUCCAAGCACGUCCUCAAGGCUACGAUUAUCCAGUUCCAUCAGGUGGACCUUUUAAUCUAGAUAAUGGUUAUACAAGUGGCUCCUCAUCAUCUUCGGUAUUUCAAUCUGGUUUAGGAUCGAACCAUUUCUCUAAUCCAGGAUCAAUAGUAACAAAACAUAUCUACGUACAUGUUCCACCUCCAGAUCUAGAAGAACAACAGCAGAGAUUGCAACCCGUUUUCUAUCCUCCUAAAAAGACUUAUAAAAUUAUUUUCAUCAAAACGCCAACUGCGCCGGCAGCAUCUUACGCAUCUCCAAGUGUAAUCCAACCACAAUCCCAAGAUAAAACUCUUAUUUACGUGUUGGUAAAGAAACCCGAAGAUCAAGCAGAUAUACAAAUUCCGGAAGUGGUCCCAACGCAACCUUCUAAACCGGAAGUUUAUUUUAUUCGUUACAAGUCACGUAAAAGUCCUGGUGGUAACGGUGGUCCUUUUGAGGGGUUCUCGGGUUCUGGACCUGCUUCUUCAUUUGCUGACCCAUCAGCCGGAGGAAGUCUACUCGGAACUGAUUCGUUUGGUUCAGGAUCUUUCCCUGGAUAUCCAACAGCAUCCGGUUCAUCACACUCUUCUUCUUUUCAUAAUGGUAUUAGUGGAUCCAAACCUUCUAGUAGUUAUGGUCCUCCUGGGAAUAAUGGUGGUCCCUACUAG